CGAAAGAAAGAACUUAAGGGUGAUCGAUAAGAGGAUAAUGAGGCCAACUGUUUUCGUCUAGGAAGUUUAUUCAGGAGGUGUCCAGACUCAACAGGCACACAUCUUAGAGUAGGAACAAAGAAUUUCUACGCCCAUUGCGCCAUAUAUGAAUGCAUCAGCACUCUGAUGAUUGAUUUUUCUGCGCCAGCUUACCCAUUCAUCACAGAAGAUUUGUAUAUUCCUCUCUCCUCCAACGUGGCUCCUGCCCUUCCCAAUUCAAUGGCAAUGAAAACUGCAGUCAACGUCUCAGAGAUUGAGCUCGAUUCUCCCACAAACAACUUCGACAGUCUUACCAUGCUCAGCCCUAUCCCUUCACCACAUCCUGGCACAGUCGUCGAACAUCCUCACCAUCACCAUCACCACGAGCCCACGCACUUGCCAAAACCAACGAAGCCUACAGGAUACUUCCCACGUUCGUCUAGUCCGACAGGCUCCGUGAGAAGCUCGUUCACCUCAUCACAUCGUCAUGUUAGUCGAAGUACGCGCAAGAGCAUUGGCUUCACGCAUUCUCACCGCUCGGAAGUUUCGAGAGAGCUUACGAGUUAUGCGGAAAGUGAGUUUCAUGCGCUCAUGGAGCUCAUGUCUGGUAUUUCCAGGAGGAGUUCCUCCUUGAAAGAAGUCUGGACCAAGAUCAUCUCUGAGCGCGAAUCUUGCUUCAUGGAGAUGGAUCGCAUGCAGGAGCAGUUUGAAGAAUAUACCGAGACUAUCGAGCGCAGAGAGAGAGAAUCACAGCAACAUUCUCACGAACACGAGGACCGAAAGAAGGAAGUCAGCAAGCUUCGCCUUGAGAUCACAGCUGCGCUUACAUCUGUCUCCGAAUACAAGAAGAAGCUCGUCGAGCGUGACACUGAGUUAGGAGAUGCCCGUCGAGAAAUUGCCGAGUACAAGGACAAUUUCAAAUAUCUCAAAGAAGAGCAUGAAGAGACGAAAACCACGUUGGAAGAGACGCAGCUGAAACUUGUUGUCUGCGAAGAAGCCCGGCGUCACGCGGAAGAAGACGCAAAAAAGCACCACGGCGAGCUUCGGAGCUUAAAACAGCAAUUUGUUGAGUUGCAGACCAGCCAUUCUGAGAUCACCAGCAAGUACGAAUCCACGCACACGGAAAUGCUCAGCUUGAAACAAUCCAACACCACGUUGAGAAAAGAGAAACACGAAUGGAUGCACGAAAAGGGUGAACUGGAAGAGAAUCUCCGGAAAUGCAACCACCGCCAUGAUGAGCUCAAACGUAAAGUCAAGGAGUUGACAGAGUCAUAUGAGAAGAAGGUGCGCGAAGUGCAUGAGCUUCAGGAAACUGUCACCAAGACGAAAUACGAAAACGAGGAAUUGCAUCAGCGAAUUAAGGAGUUGAGACGUGAGCUUGACGAAGAACAUGGCAGAUGGGAGGAUGCCGAAGACCGUUGCGGAAAAUGGAAGUUGAAAUGGGAGCAUUGCGAGCGAGAAAUUGUCACUAUCCGCGAGGAGGUUCGAAUUAUCGAAAUCGAGCAAACGAAGCUGCAUGAAACCAUCACAAAGAAGACUGAAGAGCUGCGACACAUAAUCAUCGAGAAAGAACGCAUUGAGGAGGACUACCACAGCGUGUGCAAGAAAGCCGAGGACAGCCACCGCCAGGUGCUCCUCUUGCAAGAGUCCCUUCGUCGUACAGAGUCCACGGUCAAGGAGAAGACCGAGCUGAUACACACUCUCCACGAGCGUAUUGAACGAAUCGAGCGCGAACGCGAGGAAGCCCGCCACAAGUGCAGCGAUCUCUCCAUUGAGCUUUCCGAAUUGCAGACAAGCAUCGUCUCUCUCAAACUUCAGAUCGAAGCCGUAACAGAAGAGCGCGAAAGCUACUGCGAAAAACUGCGUGAGUGCGAGACCAGGUAUGAAGAGAUCCGUGAGUCCUUCACCGAAUACGAAGAGGGGAGCAGCGGGACAGAGUAUGAGAUUACCAACCUUCGCUCCAUGCUUCGCGAGGUGCGAGAGCAGAAGGAGAAGGCUAUUACCAUGCGAAGUGCGGCCGAUCGGGAGCGCGAUGAGGCUAUUUCAAGAUACGAAGAGAAGUGCAGGGAGAUUGAGAGGUUGGAAGAGAGUUUCUCGCAUCAAUUUCACUCGCACGGUAGGAGUGGAGGGCGGACUACCACUCGGCACAUUUUCAAGGAAAGUCGUAGUGAAAGCAGGGCGCAUGACUUUGAAGAGGAUGAGUAAAGGAGAGCGAUGACAACGGGGUCAGCGGCUUUUUGAGGCUUACUCAAUAUUGUAGGCGAGCAAGUUGUAAGACGCAAGGAGAUGGAGUUUCUAGGUUUUUACAUGGCUGUAAUCGGUUUUAGCUUUCCUCUUUUCCUCCAUAUAUACGUACCACUGGAGUACAUCUGAACUUCUCACACCCACAUCUUCUCCAAAAUGAACUCUCUGAUCCCAGUGAAGCAUGGUGGCAGCCCGUGUUCAGCCCUCUCAAUCAAACUCGUG